AUGUACGUUGCGGGAUACGACACUUCGGUUUCUGGCCAUGAUUUCGUUGAGACUAUGACAGAACGUUUCGCUUCAUGUGGAGAGUUGAUACAUAUUUAUAUUCCCGGAUACGCUAGAGGCAGAAAUCUCAACAGAUUUGUCUUGAUAUAUCUUCGUGGAGAAGAUGCCGAAGAGAAGGCGUUGGCACUUAGUGGAAGUUACAGCAGCAAAGGACACAAGUUAAUCGUUGAGCCUUACCCGUUUGAUGCCAAACACCAUGACAGUGAGUUGGCUCCUAUGAGAGACGCAGACAAUAAGCAACGUCACGUAUACGCUUACGUUCACGUUGAGGGGAUAGACACAAUAGAGAAGUUGAUGCAACUUUGUGGAUGUGAUGUGAAAGGAUUGGAGGAUAUUAAACUUUCCAGGGUUGAUCCUCCAGAAAGAGUUGAUGACAGCAGCUGCGAUAUGCCACCCCUAUCUACUUGGGGAUGUUCUUCUUCCAGGACUGCUCCUGAGGAUCUAAAUCUCCCUAAGCCGCCGCCUGAGGGGGAAGAUCCUCCUUAUCCUUGGAAGUGUAGCGUGAAUAGUGAGACUGGGUAUUUGUGCUUUUGGAAUCCAAAUACUGGUGUCCGGAUAGAGGAACCCCCUUCCGCCUCACCAAUACGUUACGCACAUGAGGAUCCACAUCUCCCUAAGCCGUGGAAACGUCUCGCGGAUAGCUAUGGGUAUUCGUAUUGGUGGAAUACGGAGACUGGUGUUACCCAGUACGAGAAACCAGGUUCAAAUUUAGUAGAUCGAUUGUUUUAG